UAUCAAGUGGGGACGCACUUCACGUAUUUACAUUAGACAAAAUACUACAUGUACCUUUAGAAAACAAUAAUGGAUUCACUUGGAGCUCUAAAUAGAAGAUAUUUCUGUCAAACAGAUGGUAAACGAUGGAUAUUUAUAUUCGUACUUGGUUUCGUUUUUGUAUUGGGAUUAGCGAUUUUGAUUUCCUCUAUCACGUAUCUUCACAAUUACAAUAAGGACGAAAACGUUCCGGAAUCUUCUGUUUCUUCACAACAAGCAUUAAAAAAUUCAGCACCAAAAGCCGUGGAAACAAAGGGGGCGUUUCAGAAGCCAUCAGUAGGAGACCGCUGUUCCUCUAACAUCAAUUGUCCAGAUAACGCUGUUUGUGACAGAGGGACGUGUGUGUGUAGUGGAACGUAUCUAGCCAGCGGAAAAGUUUGUCACAAUGUUACAAACUUGGCACUCGGAAAGGCAGUUUUCGGAAGUUCUAAUCAAAAAGGAACGUAUACUAACAAAGGAUGGCAAAAUGUGGUCGAUGGACGAACACGUGUCACCGAUUUUAAUCUAUUAUUUCAUACCAGUUAUGAACUUUACCCGUGGUUGACUGUUACACUGGGCAGACUAAGUAUCGUAAAGAGCAUCACAAUCUAUAACAGGAUCGAUGGAUACGGUAGAUGGCUGCAUGACGUUGAAACCAGGGUUGGGAACUCGACUGACUGGGCUCAGAUGUCCACUUGUGGAACGUUCGUGGGACCUAGUGUGACGGGAGGAGUUCAUGUCACGGAGUGUGGGAAACUCUUGUACGGAAUGUUCGUCACCGUGAAAAUUGUCAAACCGAACUACAUUACAGACGACCGCAACGCGAGGGGUGGAAAAAAUUGUCUGGUGUUGGAGGAAGUUGUCAUCGCUGGAAUAGUGGUGUAGCCACCCUACUAGCGCCCAACAUUCUAUCAAAAAUUCAAACAAUUUUUAGAAGACAAGACUGAGCAACAGAUUACAAUUACAAAGAAAUCCUUUAUUUUAGCUUGUAUUGAAAAUAAUAGUGAUAUACAAAACAUUAUUAUUUUAUUUCUGAAGUAUUAUGUCUAUACUGCAAGAUGCACUAAGAAACCUUUAAACUUGCCCGCUGCAAUAUCACAAAUGAAAUUAUUUUAUGAAACACACAAAUAUAUAGCAUAUAAGAAUGGUGAAAAGAAAAAAAAUGAUACUCAAUGGAACAGAUGGAACUUAAUAUUUACUUAAAACAUGCAUCUCUCUUUUUCUCUCUUUCUCACUAUCUUCUCUCCAUGCACAUAAUGAUAAUUAGAUAUGACUUGUUGUAUUCAGGUACUUUAUUAUGUGUACAAAAACCAAUAAAAAAAAUACAUUAUGAACGUCUGUCUGUCCGUUACAUGUAUUACUUUCGUUGUGUCUUGAUAAAUCGAACAAUUUUGAAGCAAGCUAUUCAUAUUUGAUACAAAGGUAUUUAUCCAUUAAACGAAGACAUGCACAGUCUUUGUUACUUGUAUGUGUAAUAUAUGAGUUAAAUUCUC